UACUGCACUCUCCGUUAUAAGAGUAACCCAUAUCGUGCAAAUUUAACCUACUGAAAUACGGCCACGGCCUGGAACGGAGCGACCCGCUACGUGGCUUGCACCUAGUUGAUGCAAUUGUGUCCUGUAAUAUGUACGGUGGAAUAACCUUGCCAGUUCAGUAGGCUUCCACAGCGUUACUCAGCUGCGUGACUCGUCGGCUUCUUUAAGCCUCGACCGCUUGCUGGACGCGGGAUGGCUGGGAAGCUAUGUGUCUCCGUUAUAGAGGCUCGUAACGUGCAAGCUGAUGAAUUUGCCGAAAAGAACUUUUACGUGAAGCUACGCGUUGGAAGCAAUGAGGUCAAAACCGACGUGGUCAGGGGUUCACUGCAACCCAAGUUCCUUAAGGACUGCCGCCUAGCAAUAGCCAACCAGGAGACCGAUGUCCUGCGGAUCGAGCUGCUGCAGGUGGGUCCCCGCGGCGAUCUGGUGGUGGGCUGCGACGAGCUGCGCGUGCUGAGCCUCACCGCGCGCGGCACCAUCGUGCACUGGUUCCAGCUCAAGACCGCGGCGCGCAGUGUGACGGCGGAGCUGUGCCUGGUGCUGAGGUUCCUGUCGGCCACCUCCAACCGGCCCAUGUCGCCCACCUACGCCAUCACCGCCCGCCAAGCCAAGGAGCGAGCACUGGAGGGCAGUGCCAGCGCACCGCAGGGCCCCUCAGCAGCUGCCUUCCGAGACCUGCCCGCCAGCACCAGCAGCAACGGGCGAUCCACAGCUGGUCCGGCCCCCGCUGCUGCUGCCGCUGCUGCCAAUGGCCACACCAGCAGCAACGGCCAUGCAGGACCCGCAGCCGCAGGAAUGACGUCAUCAGCACCCCAACAGCAGCAGCAGCAGCAACGGCUGCAGUCCACCGCCUCCUCCUCAGGGCGGCCAGGAGCCGCAGGCGGAGGCGCUGGAGCUGCAGGAGGAGCAGGAGGAGGAGCGCCGCGGCGGCCUCUGAAGCUGAGUGGGAGUCAGGUUCCGCUGCCUCUGGCGAUGCUGGGGGGUAUCGUGGUGGGGGCGCUGGUGUACAUCUGGAAGCAGCGGCCGGUGUAUUAUGAGGUGCAGGAGGACGACACGCUGUGCCACAUCGCGUCCUGCUUCAAGAAGCGGGUGGAGGACGUGUACAGGCGCAACCGGGCGCUGCUGAAGAACCCCAACCGGCUGUACCCGGGGGACAGGCUGCGCAUCAAGUAGCGCGUGGUCAUACGUGCGCGCACGGGUGAUCGGUUGCCAGGCGCUCGACAUUACUGACACGGCUCGGGAGAGGAGAGCUUAUAUUGAAGGAGUCCCUAUGCCAAGUAUGCUUGUUCGAUUCCCAACUUUGAGCGAUGCGUCCUGACUUGUGUCGUCGCAAGUUGAUUCCUAACACGUAUGUGUGCAUGCAUUCAAUUCGUCCGGCUUGUUCAUGUUACGCAUGCGGCGCUUCCCGGGAGGCCGUCUAGGGGCUGCAGCACGCUGGGGGCUCCUGUCUUCCAGGGCGGUAGUCCAGUCUGGCUCCAGUGGGUUUCGCACUUGAUUCAACAACACCCUUAUACCGCGCGAUGUGUCAGCGCGGCCGACAUGGCAACACUGGACUGCGCACUGCUGAUUGCAGUGCAGGCGUGUGCACCUUGCGACAAGCGUGUGUGGGGCCUUGCGCAAGGGCCCUCCGACCCGCGUGAGGAGCGAACUGUUUUGUACUCUCUUGGUGAGGAGACUAGUCAUCAUGCAUGCAUUGUGGUAUGUGAAGUGCAGGUGUGGCGGAGCGAGUGGGGAGGGGUGCGCGGGAUGUUGGUUGGGGUGGGUUUCUUGGGGCGGUUAUGGGUUUUUGUGAAGGCGGAUGGGUUUCUGCGGGAGUUGGGUGGGCUAUGGGCGAAUGGACAGGAAGGAAGGUAUGUUGCGGUUGUUUCAGUACGUCACGUACUCACGCUAUGGCGUUAAUGAUGUCACGUCGAGCUGCUGUCUAGGAAGCACGCAAAAAGUGCGUUAAGCGAAGUGGGUUGGUGUGCCGGGUAUGAGAUGCGCGUGCUGGUAGCCGCGGGGCUGACUGUAAAAACAUGGUUGCAGCAUCCCUGAUAAGGGACACCGCCGCGCAAGCCUAGUAAGGUCAUGCAAGCGG